AUGUCACUCUUCCCUCGAGCAUUUUUCCACCGAGAUGAGACACCUAGCCCGACCAUCUUCCGACUACUGGACGAGAUCGAUCAGUACUCUCGUGGCAGAGACCGGAAUACGCAUCACAUCACAAAGUCUUUCACACCCAAGUUCGACGUGAAGGAGCUCGGAGACUCGUUUGAGCUGCACGGAGAGCUACCUGGUAUUGAUCAGAAGAACGUCGACAUUGAGUUCACCGAUGCGUCAACACUCACCAUCAAAGGCCGCAUUGAACCAACAUGCGAGGGCGAGAAAUGCGGCACGACAAAUCAAGAUAACAAAGUUUCGGUCAAGAAGAGCGAAGAUUCCAACACGUCACGGGAGAAGUUCUGGGUGAUGGAGAGGAGUAUUGGGGAGUUCUCAAGGUCCUUCGAAUUUCCGGUGCCAGUGAACCAAGACAGUGUGAAGGCUUGGAUGAAAGACGGGAUAUUGAGCGUCAUGAUACCAAAAUCGAAGAAGCAAGAAAACCGCAAAAUAAGUAUUCAAUGA